CGCCAAAUAUCAUUAUCAUCGUCCAGCAACAUGGCUGCUACAACAUCUUGUGAUUUUUCUUCGUUGGAACCUCUUCAACACUAUCUGCUUAAACAUGGUUCCAAACACUUGGUCUCUAAUGGCGUGGAGAGCAUCAAUGAUGCAAAGAAAUUGUCAGAGUGCAAAAGGGAUCAGCCUAGGGCAUCACCUGAAGUUCACGCGCCACCCAAAUGGAAGCACUACCGUGGCGUGAGGCGAAGGCCGUGGGGGAAGUUCGCGGCGGAGAUAAGGGACCCGAACAAAAACAGUGCUAGGGUUUGGCUUGGGACUUAUGUUACUGAAGAAGAAGCAGGUUUGGCUUAUGAUAGAGCAGCUUUUAAGAUACAUGGCAGCAAAGCUAAGCUGAAUUUUCCUCAUCUCAUUGGCUCUGACGUAUCAUUGUCAGAGCCAAUGAGAGUGGUGGCGACAAACUCACAUGAGCCUUGUUUGUUGCCAUUGGAGUCACAAGGAUCAAAGAAAAAGAAGAACCUAGUUGAUUUGUUGAAUAGGUUGGCCAAAAAUAGAAAAAGGGUUGGGUUUAAAAGUUCUGAGAUCUCAGCUAAAAUUUAUGCUUAGGACUACUUGUACUUGUGGGAAUUCAAUUUAGAUCUUGAACUAACAUGCUGUGAGAUAGUUGCACUAAGUCUUGAAAUUGGUAGUAGCUCUGUUUUUGCUGUUUUAGUCUUUUAAUUGGAGUCGUUUCAUUGAUCUA